GAGAGUGUGUGGUCUGAGGUGUGAGGCAGACUCAUUCUCUUUGUUUCCUGUUUCUUUUCACAUGGUAUCUGUCGCAGGAGGAGACGACUUCACUCAGUGAUUGACAGCGGAGGGGGCAGAGCCAACAGACUUCAGAGAGCAGCCAUGUUGGUUCUGGUCCAGUUACUGAUGAUGAUGAUGAUGAAGAUGAUGAAGAGUGAGGUUGCCUCAGAGAACAUCACUGUGACUGCACAGAGCGGUGACCCCGUCCUGCUGUCCUCAGACCAGCUGAAGACCAGGACAGAGGACAGGUGGGACUUCAGGUGGACUCAGCUCCAUUUGAUGUUGUCACUGAAGAAUAACGUGACCACGUGUCCCCAUGGACGCUGCAGCCUGCUGAGGGACGGCUCGCUGAGCUUCACCACGGUUCAGCCGGAAGACGCUGGAAACUACAGCCUGGAGGUGUUUGACAGGAACGGCACCAGGCGGAGGAGGACGCACUUCCUGCUGAGGGUGGAAGUGAAGAGUUCACACAACAUGUGGCUGUGGAUCUGUUGCCCCCUCCUGGUCUUACUGCCGCUUGUCUUCAUCAUCCUCUUUGUCCUGAGGAAGAGGAGUCAGAGGACGACCACACGUCACAAGGAGGAAAACGUUUAUAUGCCUAUGCACAGUUACCAUGGCAACAAGAGGACAUUUGGCAAGCAGGAGGGAGGGGAGGAGUCUCCUUAUGGUACGUUAACACACACACACACACACAGAUGCCUGAAGAUCCUAACGUGUUCUACUCUUUUCAGUUCCUUGUCAUCCUGCUGGUUCCAUGAAAACGUUGAUUUCCCAGCAGAAGUCUCCGGAUGCAGAAGACGUCUACGAGUGACAACCAAUCAGAGCUCACCAGGACAUCACCAAUCACUUUAUUCAGAGGCUUCGACUGAAUCUUAUCAGAUUAGAAACCCUUCUUCUGAUAAAUUCCCAUCAUCAGUGGAGUACCUUAAGGCUCCAUUUUAAAGGGAUAGUUCAUCCAGAAAUGAAAAUUCCCCCGUUAUAUACUCAGAACUUUGAAUUGAAAUAACUGACCUGUUCUUCAGACGUAAUAAAGCAGAUAAAACAUAACAUGCCUCCAUGCUGCUCCUGUGAUGUCAUCAAGUGUCCACAAGCCCUGAUGUUCAUAAUCCACUUUAAACGAGGUCACCAAGUUUUCAGCCUAAAUGUCCUCCCUGACCCACAUGAAGCUCGGGGACAUCAGAGGACAGGCUGAAGACCUGGUGUAAAGGACCUCCUUUAAAGUGGAUUAUGAACGUCAGGGCUUCAGGACACUUGAUGACAUCACAGGAGCAGCACGGAGGUAUGUUAUGGUAAUGGCACAUUCCACUGAUCAAUAUCUUAAUACGAUUUAACUGUUUUCUGUGCACUAAGCUGAAUCAACAUCAAUGUCUUCCACCUCCUGUUGAUCUUUAUUUGUGCAACUGUGUGCUGCACUUGAUUCCUCUUUCUGUAACAGUGAUGUCACGAAAUGGAACAGACAGCAGACAGGACCGUUUCCUUUUUAUCACAUUGUAUAAAAACCUUCUCGUGGUUUCACUCUGAGCCAUGUUGCUGGCUGUGUAACCCUCUGCAGAGCUAAUCAUUAAAACUCUAAGACAACUCUGGUCUGAGAAACUCAUUAUUUCAAAUCUCACGGUAA